UCCCACCCGGUGCCAUCAUGGAUUGGAUGGACUUAAGAAAUACGAACAGUGGCUGUGAUGGGAAAAACUGUGGCUUGGCAUCAACCCUCCCAGACGACUGCUCCAAUGAAGACUGCUACUGGGAAGAACCUAUGUUUGGACAGAUUGAAUUAGUUUGUGUGACUGUGAUCUACAUACCACUGAUGUUAUUUGGCCUUCUUGGGAACAUAUUAACCAUUCUGGUGGUUUGGCUCCGUCCACACAUGAGAAGCUCUACUUACCUGUACCUCAGCAGCAUGGCUGUCAGUGAUCUAUUGAUACUCCUGCUUCUACCUCUGGAUCUAUAUAAGCUCUGGAGACCAAGACCCUGGAUCUUAGGAGACCUUGCCUGUAAGAUGACAAUGUUCCUUUCAGAGUGUUGCACCUUCUGCACGAUUCUCCACAUCACAUUUCUCUCCCUGGAGAGGUAUUUGGCUGUCUGCUGGCCAAUCACAGCCAAGACGCUGGUGACGAGGCGCAGGACGAGGGCCAUCAUUGGCUGCCUUUGGCUGGGCGCGGCCGUCAGUGCUGCGCCCGUGUUGGUCAUGGUUGGAGUAGAGGAGGUAGGAGGUGAGGAAUUUGGAUUCAGCCAAUGGAGGGAGGAAGGGGGAUGGAUGGGAAUGGAUGGAGAACAGGGAGGUUUAAUGGUAGGCGAAGGGGAAAGAGGAAGUGCUCAAAUUGCCCUGGUGGAUCCGGGAUUAGACGGAAUUAAGUUUGGAGGGAAACAGACAGAAGACUGGAGUGAAGGAGUUGGUGAAUUGUUGUUGGAAGACAAACGGGAGGGAAUGCCAAGUGAAGCAAAAAAGGACAUAGAUAAACUAAAAGAUGAGAAAGGAGCAGGCCAGGAGGGCAGUGAGGAGGAGGUGAAAAUGGUGUUUGAGGGAGAUCAUCAAAAUAAGAUGAAGGAAGAUGAGGGGGGAGGAAGAGAAGGGAAUUUUUAUGGAGGCCGUGAAAGAAGGAUUGACAGAAGAGAGUGCCGCUGCACUCACUACGCCAUCUCCUCUGGCCUGCUGUCGGCCAUGAUGAUUCUUUCUAACUUGUACUUCCUGAUACCCCUCUGCAUCUUGGGACUGGUGUACAGUUUGAUUGGACGGACUCUGUGGCUUCGUCCAAAAAGCAGCCGAAGAGAUCAGAGUCAUCGCAACACUGUAAAGAUGCUGGGCGUGAUUGUCCUGGCGUUUGUGUUGUGCUGGCUGCCCUUUCAUGUUGGUCGGACCAUAUUCUCUCUUUCUCUCGGCACUGGUUCUGAAAAACAGGAAAUCUCCACAGAGACAAACUCACACUUCAAGAUUGACAUGCUCACUGACGUCAGCGCUGACAGCAAAGAUAUCAACACGCAUUCCGCUUCCAGACCCACAAGCCGCUCGGACUCUGACGCACACUUCUCCGAAGCCCCUCAUCCUGGAAGGAGAAUGGUUCACACCCUCGCAGAGGCAAAUAAAAGAGUCUGCGACAUGUGCGUAGAGCCCAAAGACAUCAGCACACACAGCAGCCAUGUGGGGACCGACAAACAAGUCACCUCUUAUACCAUAACACAAACGGAGCUGCAAAACACAAACAUUGACACAAGUACACAAAACAUGGAUCCAAGAACUGAAGAAAGUUCACAUAAGGAGACGCAUGAUAAUUCAGCAAAUGUUAACACAAAGCAUGGUAAAUGUUCACCAGACAUAAACACAAAAGUGCCAGUGCAUAACAGUACAAACAAUAGGCGAGACAGAGUGAUAAUAUCUGUAAAAUCACAAAAUGUCACAUCUACUCACACACAUUUUCCAAUCCCAAAUACUGCAGCACCCACCGAUCUGUACACUGAAACACCAAACGUCACACAAUACAAUGACACACUCACACAACCUGACACCAACAUGUACUUUUUGUACUAUUUGUCGCAGUACUUCAAUCUGGUGUCGUCUGUACUCUUCUACCUCAGUGCUGCCGUCAAUCCAUUACUCUACAACCUGAUGUCGGCCAGAUAUAGACUUGCUGUUCACAGCCUCAUACACAAAAACUCUCACGCUCAGCCUCACCGGCUCCGCACACUCACGGCGCAGCACUCUACGACCACUCUG